AUGUCAACUAUUAAUAAUAACAGUAUCUUCAAUGAUACAUCAGUAGAUAUGUUAGCGCCCGUAUUACGUACAAUUUCAUUUUGGAUUUUUACUAUUCUUAUCAUUCCAUCUAUUCCUUGUUAUUUAUAUAUCUUUUUCCAAUGUAUUCAUAAAGGUAUGUUGCGCAAACAUAUUCGGAUUCAUACUGUUUUCGCUGUCGUAAUUUGCAGUUUUCUACAGGUUAUAUCGGAAUUACCAACUAUACUUUCAUAUUUGCGAACUAAUCUUGUUCCAAUACAAUUGGAUUUUUUUUGCAAAUUUUGGGCAUGUCAAGAUUAUUCAUUUAAUGUGAUGAUUUUAAUGUUAAUGGGUUUCACUGCAAUAGAACGUUAUUUACUCGUGUUUCACAACCAAUUUCUUCAGCAACAUUUAUUUGUUCUUCACUAUAUGCCAAUAAUUUUUUGCAUUAUUUAUCCAAUUGGACUUUAUACUUAUUUAAUUUUUUUCUAUCCUUGUAUUAAUCAAUUUACUUAUACUAUGAUUACAUGUGGUGGACCUUGCUAUUUUUAUCAAACAACAAUUAGCAUUUUAGAUGAAUUUAUUGAUCUUGUUUUACCUGUUGCAGUUAGUAGUCUUGCUAGUCUUGCACUAUUGAGCCGUGUCUUAUGGCAAAAACAUUACAUGCAACAACGUCAAAUGUGGAAAAAAAAUCGACGCCUUGUCAUACAAUUACUAUAUAUUGUAAUUUUGUACAAUAUUGUCUGGCUGCCUAUGAUAAUUUGUUCUUCAAUUAUGCUUUUUUCUCCAGUUCCACAACCUUUCUUGGUUGAAUUGAGUAUCAAUAUUUUACCCUAUGGUAUCUACAUUGUGAUCUUGCUGUGUCCUUUUGUUUCAUUAAUGAGUUUACCUGAACUAUGGCCUCGACAUGAUCCAAUGAUUAUUCCAUUAGCAAGAACUGGUAAUUCAUCACGGCCUAUUGUACCAUUGAGAAUCACGGAUGCCAUUUUUUCACCUGGAACAAUCUGA